GAUAGAUCAACCAAGACAUCGCGAUUAAAAUGGGUCCUGACGUGCUCUGGUUGCCCAAUGCCCUCACCAGAGAGAAUAAAUACCCUGCAACAUGCAGUGACCAGAAUGAUGCGCUGCAAUUGACAUUCGUACACCAUGGCCCUCGAUCGCUUGAUCCCGAUAUAUCGAUCAUGUCUUUUCCAGAUUAUUAUUGUCGGGCUGGUGGCCUUUUGUGAGCCCGGCAUCUGGACGGCCCUGAAUAAUCUUGGCGCGGGGGGAAAUGCCAGUCCCUUUCUCAACAACGCGGCCAAUGCUUUAACCUAUGGACUCAUGUCCGUGGGCUGCUUCCUUGCCGGGGGUGUCACCAACAAAAUCACGGCCAAAUGGACCUUAUUCAUCGGCGCCGCCUUCUACACUCCCUACGCGGCAGCAUUAUACUGCAACAACCGUUACGGCAACGAAUGGUUCCUGUUACUCGGAGCCGCGCUGUGCGGAAUAGGAGCAUCGCUCCUCUGGGCGAGUGAGGCUGCCAUUGCGGUCGGGUAUCCCGAAGAAGCGAAAAGAGGCCGAUAUGUCGGGAUCUGGAUGGGCAUCCGACAGAUGGGUCCUCUGGUGGGUGGUGCCAUCUCCCUCGCUCUCAACAUCAACACCGCGCAUACGGGCAAGGUCACCUACACCACAUACUUAGGGCUCGUGGCUAUUUCCUCCCUAGGGGCUCCCUUUGCCUUGCUGCUCUCCCAACCACAAAAGGUCAUUCGAAGCGAUGGCACCGCGAUUCCUUAUAUGAGGAGAACGAGUUUUGCGAUCGAGGCUCGCGCGAUUUGGAAGCAACUGCACAACAAGUACAUGUUGCUCCUUAUCCCGGUUUUUCUCGCAGGACAGUUCGGCACCACUUACCAGGGCAACUAUCUCACGACAUACUUCACCGUCCGCUCCCGCGCCCUCGCAUCCUUUCUCACCGCAGUCGUCGGCGCCAUAGCCAACAUAUCCACGGGCAUAAUCCUCGACAUCAAGUCCGUAUCUCGCGAAACCCGAUCCAAGAGCGUGUACAUCUUCAUCCUCAUCUUCCUCACCGGAUCAUGGAUCUGGAACGCGGUCGUCCAAACCAAACUCUCCCGCAUGGCCGAUCCCCCAACCUUCGACCUCGGCGACGGACCCUUCUUCAACUCAGCUUUCACUGUCUACAUGCUAUUCAAAUUCUUCUACGAGAUCCUCCAAACCUACAUCUAUUGGCUGAUGGCCGAGAUCAAGGGCGCACAGCGGGACGGCGAUAUCGCGCGCACCACGGGUAUCCUGCGAUCGUGGGAAUCGAUUGGGAGCACGAUCGCUUAUGCAGUCGGUGCUACGCACUGGCCGAAUCGGAAUCAGAUAAUUUUGGGGUUUGCGUUGUGGGCAUGGACGAUUCCGUUUACGCUGCUGGCGGUGUUUGGGGAUUGGAAUGUGUCGUCUGAGCCGUUGGAGGAGACGGAGACGGAGACGGAUAGUAGUAGUUUGGAGGCGCAGAGGGUGGUGAUUGCGGACGGUGGGAAGGAUUGA